UUUGGGUAAUGGUAAAAUGUUCUUUUUGUGAUUCCCCCCAGGUCGAUUUAAAGAUAGGCCAUACACAUAUACAUGUAGAUAUUUACAGAAAGCUGUCCCUACGCCAUUUCCGUGAAUCCUAGUAACCGCUUGCUCUUUUACCACCUUGUAAAAUAAAAACGUUUGGUAAUAAAACCACAAUAAACAUAUAUAGCACAAAGUAAUAAACGAGCAAGACACCUAAUGUUAGUUACCAUAUCUUUAUAAUUUAAUAGACGAUACAUUAAGCGCCUAUUCAUUUAACAACUUUAUUUUUGUUGUACGUUUUAAUUGGUAAUAUACGUUCAGGAGAUUUAAAAAAAUAAUAUUAGAAAAAGCCAUUUGACACUGAAAAUUUAAACCAAUAUGCAACCCAAUACAUCUUCAGCUCGUAAACUUUGCCACCAAGGAUUUGGAGUGUAGGCUCUUGGAGUGGAGUCAAGGGAUAGGCCUAGUCAAUCACGCUUUUGGUUUCUAGUCUUUACAGAGUUUUGAAUAUCCUUGCAGUUAGAGAUUACUUCAAAAUUAUUGCCUUCUAAAUAAUUUGGAUUCUAGAUUCAAUCAGCCGUUUUAUCUAUCUAUCAUAUAAAACGCAGUCUGGAAGAACACGUAGGAUAUUUACUAAGUUUGAUUGCGCGCGGACAAAGUAGCUGACAAAAGUUAGUAAAUUAAAAAUAUUAGGCGCAGAUUUAUUAUUCAUCUGUGGUACAAAUGGUAUAUCCGGGUCGACUACUGCUUGAUAUUAAAAUUUAAUUUAUUACGUCCCAAACAUAAAGGUGGUUUGAUAUUGCACGAGGUUGACUCAUUAGGAAAGAUGUGACCGGCAAAAAAACGAUCGUCAGUUGUUGGCCUUACUCAUAGCCGUGCUCUCGCCUGCACCGCGCGUUCUGUCAAAUACGCGAAUUUAGAAAGCUUUAAAAACAUAUAAUACAUAUUAUAAAGCCAUUACAUUACAAUAAACAAUUUCAUAAUCUCAAGUGAAACCUUUCACUAAUUUCAGACGACCUUGCAAUCGCGCCUUAGUAACACACUGGAGUGCAUGCUAUUCUAAAGUGGAACUUUCUAUACGCCAUAUUGUCAGGGGUCAGUUCGUUAAAAUGUUAAGACUUGCAGUGUUGUGUCUGUUCGCGGUAGCGACAUCUAGUGAAUUAAAAGACAGUGAUAUAAGUGGAGCAAUAUACAGAAAGGACAACCCGUUAAACUGGUACCCUAACACUCAUCUAAAAAGAUCAAUUACAAAACAUAGUGUAGAAUCUAUUCCACAUUUAAUUACCAGAAGGUCAAUAUCUUUCGAUCCACCGAAGUCUUAUGUUCCAGCGACACCAUACGCGGCUUCAUUCUACGCACCUCCAACACUUCGGUAUUCAUAUUCUUCGCCGUUACUUCCUAAAGGACCUUUUGUAUCCGCAUAUACUGCUCCAGCACAUUAUAUAAACAAAAGACUAUCUUAUUUACCUCAACCAACGAUGUUCUCUACUGUACCAAGUUCUUUGGUCCCAUUUCCAAUGCCUUUAUAUGUAAUCAAGAAAAGAAAUGUACCAGAUUUUAAAGAAUAAAUUUGCAGCCUAAACUGCUUGUUUAUGCUAAGUGUAAAUAAAUGAAGAUAAUGUC